AUUUCUAGGCUUUGAUUAUUAUAAAAAAGUUCCUGUUAAAUCCAAAUAUUUCUACCCCUUGACCCAUUGAUCCUGAUUCAUGCUUCAUGAAAUAAUAAAUGAAUUAACCGGUGGGAUGAACUUACCAAAUUAUUGGAAAAAGAAAGACUGAUGUAUUCUACGUUUACACCAGAAGAUCGGAGAGUGUGAAAUUGUGCAGCGAACUUUUCCAUCGCUAAUAAAACGUUCAGCAGUUAUCACUAUUAUCUCUUGCGCUAGUUCUGGAUGUCGUUAUCAUUGUUCAUUAAAGAAUGGCAUUCAAGCAAUUCGAAAAAGAUGACAAAUCAUCGUUAAGCAUGUCCAGUGAUAAUAAAACAACCAAAACGAUUGACCGUUGUGCUGUUUGCGGUGAUUUAGCAACUGGUUUCCAUUAUGAAGUUGCCAGUUGCAAUGGAUGUAAAACAUUCUUCCGACGUACUUUGGUUUCCAAUCGAACUUAUAAAUGCCACAAAAGUGGUAAUUGCACAUUUGAUAAAGAUAUGAGAUGUGCAUGUCGAGCAUGCAGGUUUGAUAAGUGUAUCGCAGUUGGUAUGAAUCCAAAAGCAAUUCAAUGUAAUCGUACUGGACGCAUAUCAUCACCACAAGAAGCUCCAGCUUCAUCUACCUCAUCGUAUGCUUCUUUUGAAUCUGAUAUACCUCAACAACAAGUCUCUAUUUCAAGUAGUGUCAAGAAUGAGCUCUACUGUCUACUUCCUCAGAAUGCAGAUACCAAUCGUAAACGUUUGUCAACAAGUCCAGAUAGUGAGUCAGCAUCUAAACGAGCUUACACCAUUUCUGCACUUCUUGAUUUCCCUAAAUCUGAAGGCAUAUCAACUACAGAUGAAAAUUCUAGAUUCAGAUGUUCAAAGACAAAUAUGGCAUCAUCAUCAAUCACUUCAAAUAUUACCUCUAGUAUUCGUGAUACCAUCCGAAAGCAUUGCUCCAUCUCGGAGAAACAUGAACAAUUGAUUUCGCGUCUUAUUCGUGCACAAGAAAUUAUCAGUGAAGUGUUAGAUCCGGAAAAAUGUGACACUUCCAUUUCGAUCCUUGACUUGCUGACACGACCAUCGAUCGUGUCAGCUUCAUCUCGGGUCAACUAUGUUGAUGACAAACAACAGAAACAGUACAACAGUGGUCCGGGAGUGGUGCUAAAUCAAAAGCUAGAGAUUACAGUAGAAUAUGCCAAAACAUUUGAAUCAUUCCAAUGGAUGCCAAUUCAGGAUAAGGUAUUACUGUUACGUGAUGUUGUAUUUGUGUUAGUCUUAUUGGAAACUGCUUACAAAAGGUCUAUUUCCAAGAGCGCAUCUGUACUGAAUCAUAGAAAUCAAAGAGAAAGCCAGUCAAUCGAUGAAAAUACCGGAAUUUCAAUGAUAAUAGAAAGUUUUAACAGAGCAAAGUUGGAUAAGAAGGAGUUUUUGUUACUCAAAGCAAUCGCUUUUAUGCAUUCUGAAUGCUCUGGUUUAUCACCAAACAGUUAUAGGCAACUAUCAUGUCAACGACAGCUAAUUUUGGAUACCUUAUUUAAUUAUAUGAUGUCCAAACAUGACAAACAUGGUCCAGUACGUUUCGGUCAUGCGUUAUCGGUGCUUUGGUCCGUAUAUGAGGCAACAAAUUCUUAUGUGGAAAGCUUAAUGGAUAUGGAUUUAAAGCCGCUCACUACCGAGUUACUAGCUAAUAAAUUGCCAGAACUUCUAACAUAACCUGUACAUUUUGUAUAUGAGCCUCUCUCUUUUUUAAUUCCCUUUUAAUUUUAUUAAUUUCAUCAUGGUAUUUCAACCAACGGUCAUUCAAAGCGUG